CAAAAAUCUGGGGAUUGGUCCUGCUUUGAGCAGGGGGUUGAACUAGAACCUCCUGAGGACUCCCAUAGACCCCCCAGGACUCCCCCAUUGAGCCCUGGACUUGACUGGGACCCACAGCGACCCUUCCCCCCGUUAGGGACUCCCUAAGGCCCCCCAACCAGACUCCUGGGUUCUCUCGCCACCUCUGCCACUGCCUGGCCAUGUGACAGUGGAGGGGCGAGUCCCUUCUCCGUGCCUCAGUUUCCCUCCUCUGAAGUGGGGCCCAGGGGCGCCAUGUUCUGGAAGUUCGACCUGCACUCCAGCUCGCACAUCGAGACGCUGCUGGAGCGCGCCGACCUGACGCUGCGGGAGCUGCUGGAUGAGGACGAUGUGCUGCAGGAGUGCAAGGUGGUGAACCGCCGGCUGCUGGACUUCCUGGUGCAGCCGCAGCACAUGGAGGCGCUGGUGACCUGCGUGACCGAGGAGCCCCCUGCCGAGCUGGACGAGCGGCUGCGCUACAAGGGGCUGGCCCGCACCUUGCAGAUUGUGGCCUUCCUGCGCAAGAAGGACGAUUUCGUGAGCCUGCUGCUACGGCACAUCGGCACCUCGGCCAUCAUGGACCUGCUGCUACGCCUGCUGACCUGCGUGGAGCAGCCCGUGCUGCGCCAGGACGUCUUCAAUGUAAGGGCGGGGCUUCCUGCUGGCCACGCCCCUUCGUGUCUGCUGGCCACGCCCCUUCGUGUCUGCUGGCCACGCCCCUGGACACCCACUGCCCCGCCCCUUCGUGUCUGCUGGACCCGCCCCCUGGGGUGGGGGCGGGGUGUUGGGCCCCCCCGCAGGCAGGAGACCGUGGAGCAGCUGCUGGGGAACAUGCUGGCGGGCGAGCGGGACGAGUCCGUCAUCGUCAGUGGGAUCCAGGUGCUGCUGACGCUGCUGGAGCCGCGCCGAGCCAGGUCCGAGGCCGGGGGGAUGGGCAGCUUUUACUGCCCCCUGGAAGGGCAGCUGGAGCUGGGGCCUCUGGGCUCGGACGGCAGCGCCUGCCAGGCCAGCCCCAGCACCCUGCUGGCCCUCAGAGGUUACCUCCGGGACUUCCACCAGCUGCUGAUCGACCCCCCGAAGCGGCCGGCCCUGCAGAUGACGUGGGGGCUCCUGGACCCACCGCUGGGGAACACGCGGCUGCAGGUGGUGAAGCUGCUGGGCAGCUCGCUGGGUGCCGGCGACGUGGGGCUGCAGGAGGAGCUGCUGGGCUUGGACGCCCUCAACACCAUGCUGGUGAGUGCCAGGGGCGGGGUCAGCCAAUGGGAGGGUAACGGAGGGCGGGGCCAAGAUCAUGGAAGUCAGACCAGGGGCCCAUCACAGUGCCUCCUGCUCCCCAAGUCAGCGUUGGGCCCCGUCUCUGCCCCGCCCGGCCAUGACCCGCUGCCCCCUUCUCUCCCGCCCCUGCAGCUGCUGCAGAAAUGCCGCCUGGUGCACCGAAUCCUGUCGGCCUGGGAGGAGAACGAGCAGACGCAGGCAGCCGGAGGCCGGCGGAGGGGGUACAUGGGCCACCUGACGCGCAUCGCCAAUGCCCUCGUCCAGAGCUCCGAGAAGGGCCCUCAUGUCGCCCUCGUGGGGCAGCUGCUGAAAGAGCUGCCAGAGGAGGAGCAGGAGCGGUGGGAGAAAUUCGUCUCGGGGCCCCUGGCAGAGACCAACAAGAAAAACGUGGUGGAUCUGGUGAACAUGCACAAUCUGCACUCGUCCAGCGACGAUGAGGAGAACGACCUGAAGGAGUUCAACUUCCCCCAGGAGGCCGUGCUACAGCAGGCCUUCGUGGAUUACCAGAUGCAGCAGGUGACCUCGGCCUUCAUCGACCACUUCGGCUUCAAUGACGAGGAAUUCGGGGAGCAGGAGGAGAGUGUCAACGCCCCCUUCGACAGGACGGGCAGCCUGAGCUUCUCGCUGAGCGCCGAUGACGACAGUCCCAACUCCAACCUGUUUGAAGUCUGCUACAAGGAGCGGAUCCAGCAGUUUGAUGACGACGACUCGGACGGGGAGGACGCCUGGCAGGAGAAGGAGCUGGGCUACUCGGGGGGCCCCCCGCAGCCCACAGGGCCCAGGAGCUGCGGCAGCACGGACAGCGAGGGCAGCCGGGACUCGGAGGAGGAGGAGGGCGAGGAGGAAGACGCUGGCGGGGGCGUGGAGGACGGAGGAGGUGGUGGCGAGGCCGAGGGGGCCAGCCCUGACCCGGUGCCUGCAGAGCCCCCCGCUCCGCUCCCCCCCAACGGCGGGGUGGACACCGGGGUGGCUGUGUGGGACAGGCCUGGCUCGGAUGCCUCCCGCCCCCCCACGGAAGGGAGCUGGGCCCUGUUUACAGACACCCCAGCGCUAACCAGGUGAGACCCAACCCCCUCCGCCCGCCGCAGGGCGGCCUCAUCUUUAUUGGCCUCGGGGGGGCACCAGCUGAUGUGGAAGACGGGAUGCCGGGGU